GGAUCUCCUCCUCUGUUUAAAUAGACUUGCGGUGUCAAUCAUUUUCUUCUUCGUCAGCCUCCCUUCCACCGCCAUAUUGGGCCACUAAGAAAAGGGGGCUCGUCUUUUCGGGGUGUUUUUCUUCCCCUCCCCUCUCCCCACUGUCUCGCCGCUCCGCGACGCUGACGCCGGCAAGGUUUGGAGAGCCGCUGGGUUCGCGGGAGCCGCGGGCUUGCAGCAGCCUGGACUUGGACUGGCUUGGCCACCCCCGCCUCUCGCCUCUCCCCUCCCCUCCCCGCCCUCUCGCUCGCCCGUACACUUGAUCCGCGGAGACUUUGGGGCUGCCUCGUCCGGGCUUCCUCUCACCCCCUCCCCAGACCCAGCGCGCUCCUGACGCUCGCCAGUUACUUGUUGGGGUUUGUUUUUGUUGGCUCCGAGGGCAGUCGCAGGGCUUAUAAGAGGGGUUCGGGCUGGGUCUGGGCGUUUUGUUUUGUUCGGUUUUGUUUUCCGAGAGCGCGCGCGAGGCGGUCGUCCAGACCCGGGAGGAAGAUGUCAAACGUGCGAGUAUCUAACGGGAGCCCCAGCCUGGAGCGGAUGGACGCCAGGCAGGCGGAGUACCCCAAGCCCUCCGCCUGCCGAAAUCUCUUUGGCCCCGUGAAUCACGAAGAGCUAACCCGGGACUUGGAGAAAUACUGCCGAGACAUGGAAGAGGCAAGCCAGCGCAAGUGGAAUUUUGAUUUUCAGAAUCACAGGCCCCUGCCGGGCAGAUACGAGUGGCAGGAGGUGGAAAAGGGCAGUGUGCCCGAGUUCUACUCCCGACCCCCGCGGCCGCCCAAAGACGCCUGCAAGGUGCCCGCGCAGGAGAGCCUGGAUCUCAGCGGGAACCGCCAGGCGGUGUCUUUAAUUGGCUCUCAGGCAAACUCAGAGGACACACACUUGGUAGACCAAAAGACUGAUGCUUCGGACGGCCAGACGGGCUUAGCGGAGCCGUGCACUGGGAUAAGGAAGCGACCUGCCACUGACGAUGCCUCUCCUCAAAACAAAAGAGCCAACAGAACAGAAGAAAAUGUUUCAGAUGCUUCCCCGAACGCGGGUUCAGUGGAGCAGACGCCCAAGAAGCCGGGCCUCAGAAGACGUCAAACGUAAACUGCUCGAAUUGAGAAUAUGUUUCCUUGUUUAUCAGAUAACAUCAUUGCUUGAUGAAGCAAGGAAGACAUGAAUUAAAAAAUUUAAAUACAUAUCCCUGACUCCAUGGGAUGGACGUCCUGUAUAAGCACUGAAAAGGAACAUCAUGAUAACACUAAAAUUUUAGGCACUCAUAAGUGAUCUGCCUCUAAAAGCAUUGGAUGUAGCAUUGUGCAAUUAGGUUUUUCCUUAUUUGCUUCAUUGUACUACCUGUGUAUAUAGUUUUUACCUUUUAUGUA